AACGACAAAAACACAUCAACUCUGCUGGAAUCAAAUAGCAGGAAUAAUACGCGCGCGCAACGAGACGAAAAGAAAGGAAGAGAAGGAGAAGAAGAAGAAGCAGAAAAAGCAUGUUGAGAACGGGGCUUGAAGACGCCAAUGGUAUGAUAUUGUUCGGCACGAAGGGGAGGGAUUCGACAGACUGGGACGGCCAACUCCGCCAACUACGAUGUCUCCUAACCGACAGUGAACAUAUAAUGCGCGCAUCGUGUGUUCCACCAUAAAAGAUAAAAAGUUUGGCUUGACGCAUGAUUAUUUUCGACUUUCUCAAAUAUAACAAAUGUUCAAUAAAUCGACGUUACUCUUUGAGUGUGUAAUCAUGAUAAACAUAUAUAAAAUAUUGUGCUGGACUCCGGAACAUGAAAGGUUGUUGACCAUACAGCAACAAGAGUAAAAGAAACAAAAAGAAAAAACCUCGUGCUCUCGUGGAGUGAAUUUGGGAUUGUGGUUUGAAAAAAAAGGAGAGCGUGUUCGAGGCUGGUGCGUCAGAGAUUUUCUCUUUCCCCUCUGUUCCCUAAUCUCUUCCAUUUUCUUUUUUAUUUUUGCAUUUUUUGUUUUUCAUCAUUCUCGCGUCUCUUUGUUGACCCAAUUGACGAUUUGUGACACGCGAUUUUCUUCAUAGUACAUUUAUUAGUGAAUGUGUUUGCGCGUAAAAAGUGUACAAAGUUUCUGCUGGUUCAACCACGAUAUCAAUUGAAAACUAAACGCAAAGUAUUGAAACAUUCCUCGACUUGUGUAGGAUUUCAACAGACACAAUCAUGGUUGGAGAUUCGAGAAAGUCCAAGGCUAAGGAAAAAAGACGGAGCAAUGAGAAGAGAAAGGAAAAAUCGAGGGAUGCAGCGCGGAGUCGACGCAGCAGGGAGACCGACAUUUUCACGGAGCUUGCAAGAGCUUUGCCAAUUUCACCGGAGCAACCGGCUCAUCUGGACAAAGCGAGUGUCAUGAGACUCGCAAUAGCUUAUCUCAAAGUUCGCAGCGUUAUUGAUGCCCUGGAAGAACCGGUCGUCAAGUGUCCCUCAUUGACGGAAAUGGAUGCUGAUUUUCCACAGGCACUCGACGGCUUUAUGCUCGUUUUGUCAAGCAACGGUGACAUGGUGUAUCUAUCCGACAACGUGAGCGAUUAUCUCGGCGUUACGCAGAUGGAAAUGAUGGGCCAGAGCGUUUACGAGUACAGUCACCCGUGCGAUCACGACGAGCUGCGCGAGUGUUUGUCGAUCAAACCGAAUGACGUCAAAGAAAAACGACCGUGUAACUUUUUUCUUAGACUCAAGUGCACACUCACGAGCAAAGGCAGAAAAGUCAAUCUGAAGAGCGCAUCUUACAAGGUGAUUCAUUGCACUGGACGCGCGAUGGGAAUUUGUGAGCCAAACUUUGUCAAAACCGAUAGCGAGGGCUCAACUUCUCGGGACGAAGACUCGAGUGAAUAUUCGUCAAAGGAAGAGGAGGAUACAGAAAUCGUCAGAUCAAACGGAAGCGGCUGUACGGGCGCGUCUCUCGUCAUUGUGGGAUCCCCGAUCCCACAUCCCAGCAACAUCGAAAUACCGCUCGGACGUCAAACAUUUUUGUCGAAGCACAGCUUAAAUAUGAAAUUCACGUACGCCGAUGAGAGAUUGGCCGAAUAUCUCGGAUGGGCAAGCAACGAACUUCUCGGAAAAUCCGUUUUCGAGUUUCAUCAUGCUCUGGAUAACUCUGCGCUCGACAAAUCCUUCAAAUCCCUGUUCAGCAAAGGACAGUGUGAAACAAUGGCGUAUCGUUUCCUGAGUAAGAACGGAGGUUACGCUUGGGUCGUGACGCAGGCCACGCUGAUCCAUUGUUCGAAGCAACAGAAACCAAUCUCAAUCGUCUGCGUAAAUCACAUCCUAAGCGGCGUUGAGUGCGAGGAUGAGGUAUACAGCGAGCGUCAACUCGAGGCUCGCAAGGCUGGCGUCACUGUGAAUUCACCAGCGGCCUCAACAAUCGACGAAUACGAGAUCGAGGAUAAGUUUAAUUUGCAAUCGCUGCCAGCACUGACGAUCGAUACACCGAGCGCCACCGACGAUUCUUUCGACGCAACGAACGAUUUCGUUGACGAAAGCGAUCGUGAAAAUCAAGAAGAUAAAAAUGAAGCCAAAAACGCAACGAUACAAAAUUUCGAUAGAGAAAUAUUGAUGAAAAAUACGAAGUUUGCCAUCGCUGAAAAUUCCAGACCACUCACCGUCACUGCCUCGAUAUUCCGAUCUCAGGCUGACAUUGCCUCUCGCGAUUCCUGUAGAAAUACCUCCGCCUCAAACACUACAAGAAUUACCAAAAAUACGGAUAUUCGUAGAGAACGUGCCAAUUGGACUUUCCAGGACAAACCGGUACUGGAGUACGAAGGAUCGCGCAACAAUCGCCCUCAGACAGUAACCAGAAAUGUCUUCGUACCUGUGGGCUUGAUACAGGAUCAAGAGUUGUCACAGCAACACGAGCAAACACCGGCGUGUAGACCUCAGACAACAACUGCAAGUAUUUUUGCUCCUCGUACCGAGGACAUGAACAAAGGCUUCUUGACAUUCAGCGAGGAUCAACCUGGUCUCACGAUGUUGAAGGACGAACCCGAGGAUCUGACACAUUUGGCACCGACCCCCGGUGACGUUUGCGUUCCCUUAGAGGAUACACCAUUCCUCUCGGACAUGCUUGACGAAUUCAUUCUCGGUACCGACAAUUAUUGUCCCCUCCUUAACACCGAGGAUCUACCGACGGAAUUACCCAAUUCCGACUUGAGCGAUUCCCUUACAAAGGACAGUAACGAGAUGUGCGGAUCUCUCGAAUCUUCACUGGCGGACUCUGAUCCUUUUAUUUAUCGGGAUAUGCCGAGCCCUUGCAGUCUGAGCCCCGAUUUACUUUCACCGUCUGGAAUUGGAAAGAGCCCGGAUCAGAACAGCCUCGGCUCCUUCCGAAGUCCAAAGCACAAUGACCUCGUCGAUGAUAUGAUGACCAUUCGCUCGGGUACGUCAUCGACCAAUCCAAUAACUGAGGACGAGAUGCUCAUGUUGAGCAUAAACGACGUCAUAGGAGAUGAGGAACUCGCACUUCGUGCACCGUACAUACCAAUGUCCGAUCAGGACGAGGCCCUACAGUUGCUCAUUAGCGAUGACACUGUCAUGUGGGGACCCACUCAACCACCCGAUAAAAAAACAAAAUGGAUUCAGGAGGAAAGAAAAGCAGCUCCUAAACGUUACGAGGACUCGAAUUUGGCUCGUCUCCUUAAGAAUGAUACUACGGCCGUAGAUAAGUUCAGCGAUCACAAUGGAGGACUGGUUAAUCCGACGCAGAUUUUCAGUCCAAUCAACGAAAAAGGAAGCAGCGUGAGCAGAUCGGAGAGGCCGUCGAAGCGAGUGCACACACCAAUCUCCCAAGGUCUAACUAGCGAGACGAAACGUAGUCGAUUAAACGACUCAAAAUUACCGAUCGAACAAUCCUUGACUUGCGACGUAACGAACAUCCUAGAAAACUCGAUGAAAACGGGUAACGGGCUGCAUUACGACGAGCAGAGUAUAGAUCUUUGCGGAAUGGUCGAUACGAGUGAAAAAAAGAAUGAAAGUCCGUACGAAGAGCAGCAACAUCCGGAAAGUCGUCUUUUGUUGCAACAAUUGAUCGGUCGUGACGAGGAUUCAGCCUCGACGAUAAUGACGAAAACUCGUGACACGACGAAAAAUAAAGUCGCGAAUUUGUUAAAAAUCGUGACUAAAGAUGGGACUACGAUGGCAGCUCCACGGAACGAAAAUAAAGAGAAAAUUGGUUUCGCCGGUGAUGGUGGAGGGAUUGAGAUGAGUGCGGGGCUGAGUGGAAAGCAACAACAAACCAAUAGCGUGCUCAUGAAUCUUCUUGUUUCCGGUUGCGACAACUCUCCGGGCUUGGACCGUACUUUACCAUCGGCCAGCAAAUGGUCAUCGAUGAUGAUUGACCAACCGACCCAGAACCUCAUCGCGAGGGACGGCAACAUGACGGACGUGGACUUGUUUGCCGAAUAUCCGAUUUCUUCGAAUGGCCAGUUAAGCCCAUUUGGCAAUUAUUUUAGCGGUGAUACUCCGGAUUCACUACCCCGAAGAUGUCGGUAUAUGUCAGACGCGUAGAUUUAAGGAAUAUUUGGAAAAGCACUUUCUUCAAGAGACAAACAAAAAUGUAGUCCAAACCUCAAACGUUUAAGUGGCCUUAUACAUUAUUGUCGUCGAUUUUUCAAAAACCUUAAUGUUUCUUAUUUUUCAAUCAAUUUAGAUGAGUAAAAUUUAUAAUUUUUAAUGAUUCACGCUCCGGUAUAGCAUGUAGCGUGAUCGAUUGAUUUUCUUUUAAGUCGUCGCACAAUCAGGAUAUAAUAUUACGUGUCGAUUUUUAAGCUAAUGAAUUAGUUUUCCAAACAGCGAGGCUCACCAAUAUGAUUCGAAACAAUCCAACGUCGAUGCCCCCCUAUUCUCCCAUUUUUAAAUAAUAGAUUUUAUUUACAUAAUUCACUACUAUGGUGCCAGAAUACGCGAGUGUAGAAGAUAUGAAAACAUUGUGAUUCGUCGACAACGCUCAGGAUGCGUUUUACAAUUAAUACAGAUGAAAUUAUACAUAUCUCUUAUAUACGUCGCGAAUUAAACCCUUAUUCAUGUGUAAGAAAAAAAAAUGAAAAAUGUUCAAUUGAAAAUGGCAUUUACGAGCAUAAUAACUGCUGAAUCUUUCUAUACAUCAGCAACUAUUACGGAAAUGGAUUUGUAAACUGAGCAAACCAUUAUUAUUAUUGCUCAAUUGUAUGCAUGUAGUAUUUUUCAAUUGGUAAUAAAUUACUCAUUAUUAUGGGA